CAGUCGUCUCGUCGUCUUCGCUGUCGGCGGCUGGUGCGAAUCGAAUCGAAUGUUGUGUAAAAGUGUCGCAAGUUUUUAGUUUCCCGUUCGAAAAAUGAAAUUUUAGUCGAUUAAUACGGAAGUUUAGUUCCCGCAAGUGUUUUACAACUAGUCUUCACCGGUGGAGCAUUCAAUUUCCGCAGGAUUUCAACAAUGCAACGACUGAGCAAAGCGGGCCGGAUUGCCUGCCUGUACCGGGUGGGUACGGUUCAGGUUUCGUCCCGGUUGGAAAAUGCGGCACUCCAAUGCACAGCGUGCUAUUCGACGCGCCGACCGGGGUUCUUCUCCCAGGUGCUGGACAACAUCAAGUCGGAAAUGGAGAAGAACAAGGAGAUGAAGGAAAACUUGAAGAAGUUCCGGGAGGAAGCGCAGAAGCUGGAGGAAUCGGAGGCGCUGAAGGCCGCGCGGCAAAAGUUUAACACCGUGGAAUCGGAAGCGUCGAAGGGUGGCGAAGCGCUCAAGGAUAACCUGGACAAGAUUCGGGGGAAGGUUUCAGAGGUGCUGGAUGAGGCUUCCAAAACAGACAUUGCCAAGAAGGCUGGACGGAUUGGCGAGGAGUUGGGAAAGACAGCCCGGGGGAUGGGAGAAACGAUCGCCGAGAAGGGUCAGGAGCUGGGCAAGACGGGUGCCUUCCGAGGGAUCUCCGAAGCGACGAAAGCGGUCAAACAGGAAAUCGACAGUCAAGGCAUUUCUGCUCGGGUCUAUCGGGCACCGGAAAGGUUACGGAAACGAGUCGAGAUCAGCAUGGCCGAUGCCAGCCGGGUGUUCGAGGCCAACACGGAAGCGUUAGGAGUGGAACUACACAAGGACAGCAAGUUCUACCAGAGUUGGGAAAACUUCAAAAACAACAACGCCUACGUGAACAAAGUCCUCUCCUGGAAGAUGCAAUACGACGAAUCGGAAAAUCCUGUGAUCCGGGCUUCCCGGCUGCUCACGGACAAGGUCAGCGACGUCAUGGGAAACCUCUUCUCCAAAACGGAACUCUCAGAAACCCUGACGGAAAUCUGCAAAAUCGACCCCAACUUCGACCAGAAGCAGUUCCUCCGGGACUGCGAAAACGACAUCAUCCCGAACAUCCUGGAAGCGAUGAUCCGCGGCGAUCUGGAAAUCCUCAAAGACUGGUGCUUCGAGAGCACCUACAACGUCAUCGCCACGCCGAUCGCCGCAGCGCAGAAGCUCGGCUACUACCUCGAUUCCAAGGUGCUCGACAUUGAAAACGUCGACCUGGCCAUGGGCAAAGUGAUGGAACAGGGACCGGUGCUGAUCAUCACCUUCCAGACGCAGCAGAUCAUGUGUGUGCGGGACAGCAAGGGAACCGUGGUCGAGGGCGACCCGGAAAAGGUGAUGCGCUGCAACUACGUGUGGGUCCUCUGCCGGGAUCCGAACGAUUUGAACCCAAAGUCCGCUUGGCGGUUGAUGGAACUGCAGGCCAACAGUGCCGAGCAGUUUGUGUAGGUAGUAUAAGAUAGUCGUCCAACAACGGGCAAAACGAGAAUGUCGAUAACGAAACGCGGACGGUUGUUCCCUAAGUUGGUCCGCGUGGUUCAAGUCGGGAUUGUCGGCCGAGGCGCUUCACGACCGGUUCCCAUCGUUUAACGGUCGUGAGCAACUCUACCAAGCCGAACGAAACUAGAUUUCGAACCAUCAUUUGGGGUCUAACACGUACACUCUGUUGAUAAGUACAUAUAUUUUUAAGUUGCUAAGUUUUAGACGAUCGAGGCGGGGAGGGAGCCUUAGGCACGGAAUCUGUUACGUUCCGGGGUGAUGUCGUGAGGAAAAUAGCGAAACAAUUCUCCCGAAUUACAUUGAAA